AUGUGGACUAUUAAUGACUUCCCUGCAUAUGGUAACUUGUCAGGGUGGUGUACAAAAGGAUAUUUGGCUUGUCCCAAUUGUAAUGAGAAUGCAUCAUCACAACGGUUAAGAAGUAAGAUAGGAUACACUGGUGCUCACCGAUACUUACUUGAAGACCAUCCUUGGCGAAGAAGUAAGCUCUUUAAUGGUAAGGCAGAUGAUCGAGCAAGACCUUCGGAGUUGUCAGGGGAACAAAUUUUAAAUCAAUUGGAUUCAGGAACAUUUAAACCAUUUGGGAAGCAUCCAAGCAACCAAAAAAGAAAAAAGGAUGAAAAUACCGUCCUGAAUUGGACAAAGAAAAGCAUAUUUUUCGAAUUGCCUUACUGGAAGACACUCAAGUUACGACAUAACCUCGAUGUCAUGCACAUAGAGAAGAACAUAUGUGAUAAUUUAAUUGGGACUUUGUUGAGCAUUGAUGGGAAGAACAAGGAUACAGAAAAAGCACGCAUGGAUUUAGAGGAUAUGAAAAUUAGGAAGGAUUUGCACUUAAAGAGGCGCGCGGAUGGGUCCUUUGAAAAGCCCAUUGCAUUGUUCACAUUGUCCCUAAAGGAAAGACAAGAUUUUUGCGAGUUCUUAAAAUCGAUUAGGUAUCCUGAUGGGUAUGCAGCAAACAUCUCUAUGUGUGUGAGCACAAAGGGCGGCAAGUUAUCCGGUUUGAAAAGCCAUGAUUGCCAUGUCCUUAUACAACGACUUCUUCCUAUUGGAAUGCGUGGGUAUCUUAACAAGGACAUUUCUAUUGCAUUGUUUGAGUUGGGAAAUUACUUUCAACAGUUAUGUUCAAAAACAGUGAGGGUGAAUGAUUUGGAAAAAUUACAAGAGAGCAUAGUACUCAUACUUUGCAAGCUAGAAAAAAUUUUUCCACCUGCAUUCUUUGAUGUGAUGGUUCACUUAGCUAUUCACUUGCCUCGCGAAGCCAUUCUUGGAGGGCCAGUGCAAUAUCGAUGGAUGUACCCUAUCGAAAGAUUACUCGGGAUUUUGAAAGGGUAUGUAGCAAAUCGAGCUCACCCAGAAGGUUCAAUUGCAGAAGCUUACAUUGUCAAAGAAUGCCUAACUUUUUGCUCUAUGUAUCUUGGUGGGAUUGAAACCGUAUUUAACAGAGAGGAAAGAAAUGAAGAUGGUGGUGAUGUUGGCUCAGGGCAUUCAGUUUUUUCACAAAAAGUCCGUACUUUUGGGCUCACUCAAAGGGCAGUUGACGUGUCUGAGAAUGAAAGAAAAGUGGCUCAUUGGUUUAUCUUGUAUAAUAGUCCUGAAAUUGAUGAAUAUCUAGAGUAUGUUCUCAUUUAGUUAAGUCUAUGCAAAAUGCUUUUCAUUAUGAUCACACUCAAGUACUAAUUAUUCACAUUUGAUUUUUCAAGUAGAGAACACAAGAAUCAGUUACAAAAUGCAAAUGUACAUGACAUUACAAGACAACAACAAGAAGAAUUUCCUAGGUGGUUCAAAGAGCGGGUAAUAUAUAAGAUACAUAGAUAAUAUGUAACCUCUCAUCAUAAACAUAAUUCACUGUUCGUAGAUUGAUAUUAACAUCAUGCAUCCUUGUCACAUGUUCAUGUAGAUAAAUCAAUUACGAGCUGAAGGAUCAUCGGAAGCAACUGAUGAGUUGUGGUCAUUAGCUAAUGGUCCUAGUCCAAUAGUGAAUAUUUAUUCAGGUUGUAUUUGUAAUGGCAUUCGAUUCCACACGAAAGAGCGAGACAACCGUCGUAAAAGUCAAAAUAGUGGGUUGGUUGUUCAAGGGGAUCAUCAUGGUAUGUCAAUUGAUUUCUAUGGUCAGUUGACUAAAGUUUGGGAAAUGACAUACAUGUUCGGGCAUCGAGUUGUGUUGUUUCAAUGCGAAUGGUUUAACACUGGUAGCAACAGAACAUUUCGCACUGAAACACAUUUGACAACCAUUGAUGUAAGAAGCCGUUGGUAUCAAAAUGACCCAUUUGUCUUGCCAAGCCAGGUGCAACAAGUUUUUUAUGUCAAUGAUACCAAAUUAGGUGAACAUUGGAAAGUCGUAGAGCGAUUUCAACGUCGAGGAAUAUGGAAUGUGCCGGAGCUUGAGGAUGUAGAUCCCGAUGCUAAUGAAUUGCCUAUUCCGAAUGAUGUGUUCCAGCAGGACGAGACCACUGAAAUUGUCCAAAUCAGCAUUGCAGAUUCCAUUAGCAACACUUUACGUAGGACUGAUAUUGCACCUGAUAUUAUUCCAAGUCAAGUGGUUCUGCAAUCUAGUACAAGUGUACAUGUAGAGGGUCCAAACAGAGAUGAUUUUAUCUGUGAUGAUAAUGAUCAACAUUCAAAUGAUCCUAGUGAUGAUGAAGAUGAAUUUCAUAGUCAUAGUAACUCGGAUACAGAUGAUGAUAUAGAGCCUUGAUUGUAAUAUCCUUUAUUUUUUGCAUU